CGCAUGCGCAGCCGCCCCGCCUGACGCCGCGUCCGCCAUCUCGGGAGGGCGGGUAGAUGGCGGCGGGCGGCGUGGCGGCGGCGCUGUUGGCGGCGGGCGCUCUGCGCUUCGGCAGCUUCGUGCUGAAGAGCGGCAUCGCCUCGCCCGUCUACGUGGACCUGCGAGGCCUCGUCUCGCACCCAGGCCUCCUCAGACAGGUUGCAGAUCUUCUGUUUCAAACAGCAAAAGAUGCUGGUCUCGAGUAUGACUGUGUGUGUGGCGUUCCCUACACGGCAUUGCCACUGGCCACAAUUAUUUGCUCAGAAAAGCAGGUUCCAAUGCUUAUACGGAGGAAGGAAGCGAAAGACUAUGGUACUAAGCGGCUGGUAGAAGGCACCAUUAAUCCAGGAGAAACAUGUUUAAUCAUUGAAGAUGUGGUAACAAGUGGAUCUAGUGUACUGGAAACUGCAGAAGUUCUUCAGAAAGAAGGAUUGAAAGUCACAGAUGCUGUAGUGCUGUUGGACAGGGAGCAGGGUGGGAAGGCCAGGUUAGAAGAACGUGGAAUUCGUCUGCACUCUGUCUGCACGUUGUCUGGGUUGUUAGAUAUUCUCCAGCAGCAGGGAGAAGUGGACGUUGAGAUGGUUGAGAAGGUGAAGAACUUCAUUCGGGGAAACAUGUUUGAGCCAGUGGCUCAGAAUGGUCCCGCUCCCGUGAAAAGAAUUUGUAAAGAGCUGAGCUUCAGGGCUCGUGCUGAGCUGCCCGGGGUGCAUCCUGUUGCAGCCAGGCUUCUCAUGCUCAUGGAAAAGAAACAAACCAACUUGUGCCUUUCUGCUGAUGUCACAGGAUCCAAAGAGCUGCUGCAGUUAGCUGCCAGCCUGGGCCCCAGCAUUUGUAUCCUAAAGACUCACGUAGAUAUCCUGAAUGAUUUCACCCAGGAAGUAGUAAAGGAGUUGAGAGCACUCGCAGAUCGGCACGAGUUCUUGAUUUUUGAAGAUAGGAAAUUUGCAGACAUUGGAAACACAGUGAAACAUCAGUAUGAAGGUGGUAUGUUCAAAAUAGCAUCCUGGUCAGACAUAGUUAAUGCUCACGUGGUUCCAGGUUCUGGAGUUGUGAAGGGUCUGAAGGAAGUAGGCCUUCCUCUGCAGCGGGGCUGCCUUCUCAUUGCUGAGAUGAGUUCCCAAGGGUCGCUUGCAACAGGCAAAUACACAGAAGCUGCAGUACAGAUGGCUGAAGAAAACUCUGAUUUUGUUUUUGGAUUCAUAUCUGGAUCUAGAGUUAGUAAGAAACCAGAAUUUCUUCACUUAACUCCAGGGGUACAGCUGCAAGCUGGAGGUGAUGAUCUUGGACAGAAGUACCUAAGCCCCAAGGAAGUUAUUAGUGAAAGAGGUUCAGACAUCAUUAUCGUGGGACGAGGCAUCUUAUCAGCUUCAGACCGCCUUCAAGAAGCAGAGAAGUACAGGAAGGCAGCUUGGGAGAGCUACAUAAGCAGGCUUGGUGUUCAUGCGUGAGAUGGGAUGCAGGUCGCUUCCCGAGUCAAUGAGCAGAGCUGAUGGAGCUGUAAUCAUUGUGAGACUUCUACGUAAAUGCAUUGACACUUCAGCCAGUAGAAUACCGGGCCCUUCUGGAAGAAAAUCUGUUGCUGGCUAAAUUACUUUUUAAUUGCAUACAUACAGACAAAGUUGUACCUGCCAUGGUUGUUUUUCAGUAUUUUCAGUUGUUGAAUAUAUGAAACCAAAAUUUGAUGUUCGGUUUUUAGUUUUAAUAACUUUCUCUGCUGAAAAAUGUUGAAUGAGAACACUCCAAGGAUAUUUGCCUUGCUGUUGUUGCUCUUGCUUAACCUCCUCACCCUUGAAUUCCUCUGGCUGUGGGUCAGUAUUUUACUAUUAACUUCACCUGCAGCACUGACCUGUCUCACUGUCACAGGAUUGCUCAACUCCACAAUUUCCAAGCAGCAAGUAUCAAGUCUUGAUCCUACACUGUGAAAUUGAAUAAUAUGUUCUCUAAUAAAUAAGUUUGCUAC